AUGGCCGCCCUCUCCGGAGGCGACGGUUUCCUCUGCGGCAUUCUGUCGAACACCUCGCAGGCUGUCUGCUGGGACUCCGCUGGGCUGUCCAGAAUCCCCGAUCUCGUCCCCUCCGUUUUCCAGCCCAACGCCUACUCCCACAUAGCCGCCGGGAAGGACCACGUCUGCGCCGUCCGCGGAUCUUACUACUCCGACAUUGAUUCCGGCAGCGUCGAUUGUUGGGACAUCGUCAAAGGCCCUAACAACAGUCUCACAACCUCGGGGCAGAGCUCCCGGUUUUAUGACCAGAAUGCGAGCAUACUCGUAUUCAGGAAGCUCGUCUCCGGCAACGGUUUCACCUGUGGGGUUAUUCGCGACGGAGGGCUCACCUGCUGGGGCCCAAACUCCGGCAGCCUCGGGAUUUCAACGGUGCCGGACAAUUUCUUGGCCUUAGCUUCCAGUUCGAACUCUCUUUGCGGCAUAUGUCAAACAACCGGCGAGAUCAAAUGCUGGGGAAACAGCGAUUCGUAUUAUAUCCUGCCGACUGGGGUCAGAUUUGUGUCCUUAUCCGCCGGAUUACGCCAUUUUUGCGGGAUUAGGGAGGAUAAUCACGGGAUAGAGUGCUGGGGCCAGUUCAAUGCCUCGUUGAUCCCGAAAGGUUCAGGCUUUCUCGCGAUUGCCUCGUCCGAUUUCCUCACGUGCGGCAUCAGGGAAGGCGAUCUCGUGCUCGACUGCUGGUUCACCAAUUUGAGUUCCCCGGCGGAUUAUGAUCCCCCCUUGCAGCUGUGCAGCCCGGGCCUAUGCACUGCCCGGACCUGCAAUGAGGGAAUGUUUGCCUUCAAUGCAAGCCUUCUAAACGAGCCGGACCUUACGAGCCUAUGCGUUCGAAAAGAUCUCAAGAUUUGUUCCCCUUGUGGGCUUAACUGUUCCGAGGGCUUUUUCGCCUCGAGCUCGUGUACUUCCGAUGCCGACAGAGUCUGCACUCCAUGCUCUCUAUGUCAAAACAGCUCGUGUUGGGAUGUCUGCAAGCUCGAUUCUUUACGCGAAACUCGAAAAAAACAGAAUUGGAAUCGGCUGCGCACGUUUUUACUCAUAAUAGGAUCAUCGAUCUUCUCCGGACUCCUGCUGAUUCUUCUCGCUUGCCGCCUUCUGUCCCAUACUAAAAAAGCCCACGGGCCCUUGACCGGGUCCGAUACAGGCCCAGACCAGCACCCGCCGCCAGCAUCAGUCGCCCCGUGCCCAGGCGCGGCCCAAAUUUUCCGUCUCUCGGAGCUGAAGGACUCGACAAACGGGUUCAAGGAGUUCAACGAGCUCGGGCGGGGGAGCUAUGGGUUCGUAUACCGUGCCCUGUUACCGGACGGGCGGUCCGUGGCGGUUAAACGGGCCAACGCUGCCACAAUCAUCCACACGAACGGUCGUGCAUUCGAGGCUGAGCUCGAGAUCCUCUGUGGCCUCCGGCACGCGAAUAUCGUGAACCUCCUCGGCUACUGCUCGGAGAUGGGCGAACGUCUUUUAGUGUACGAGCUCAUGCCACACGGGUCCCUCCACGAUCACCUGCACGGGGGCCUAUCGGGCUUAAGCUGGGCCCGCAGGCUGAGGAUCGCUCUGCAGGCGGCGAGGGGGCUCGAGUACCUUCACACGGGGGUCGUGCCCCCCAUCGUGCACCGAGACGUGCGGAGCUCGAAGAUACUGCUGGAUGCGGACUGGGGGGCACGAAUCUCGGAUUUUGGGCUCCUGGGCCCGAGCGAGAGGGAGGAUGGGAUUGGGCCGGAUGUUUGGGCUGAUGUUUAUGGGUUUGGGGUAGUGAUUCUUGAGAUAUUGAGUGGGAGGAAGGCUUACGAUGCGGAAUGUGUGCCACCGGAUAUAGUCGAGUGGGCAUUGCCUCGGAUUAGGCAAGGGAAGGCGGCGGCUAUAAUCGAUAGGUAUGUGCCUCUGCCUAGAAAUGUCGAGCCUUUGUUGAAACUUGCGGAGAUAGCUGAACUUGCGUUGAGUGAGGAUCUGAACGAGAGGGCAUCGAUGUCUGAUCUAGUGGCUAUGUUGGAGCAGUUGGUUAGGGAUUAUGAUGGAUUGGUACUAUAG